AUGGACCAAGCAUACUUUCCGUAUCAUGGAGAUUACCCGAACAUGGCGGGCCAACUGGCGGGCCAACAGCUAGUCCAACAGCCAGGCCAACAGCCGGGUCAACAGCCGGGCCAACCGGAUGCCGAUGUUGAACUGGCAAACUUCGAGCUGGGAAAUAUGAACCUGGAAGUUUUACAUCAAAAUCCAUACGACCUCGGAGCCUACAACCAAAACGCGAUAGGACUUGGAAACAUGGUGAAUUAUGCCAACUACGCUGGAUACAACCAAAACUUCGCCCAAGAAAUCAACACGCAAGCCGAAGCUGCAGAGCCAAGUAGGAAUUUGAUGGAACAACAUACGUUCCCUAUCGUCAAAGCGAACAUGGAGCUAAGAAAGAAAGAUUUCUGGAAGAUCACGCAAGACACCAUGUUCAUGGACUUGGUCAUUGUUGCUGGCUACGAGAAUUCCGAAAGAUCCUUUCACCUCCAUAGAGCUAUCUUCGCCCAUUACUCUGGCUGGCUUGCGAAGCUCAGUGACCCCAACAAGCCUCUUUGGAGGCAACAGCAAGUUUCCCUUCGCGUUCGCAAUAUCGAUCCAGAUACCUUCGAUCGCGUCAGGGGUUGGGUCUACCUCAAAGAAGAUGUCCUCGACGACAUUUCUAUGGAAAUGGCGUCCAAGCUUCUGGCUGCCGCCGAGGCUUUGGACAUUGCGAAACUGAAGCAAGACCUUUUCUCGGUCGUGUUUCAUGCUACGGAGUCCCAAGUCAACCCCGAUCUCGGGUUCUUGACCUCCGUUUUCAACUUUCUAAACCUUGCCUUUGGCGUCAGCAAUGAUGAAGUUGGGUAUAAUUUAGUUACUGAAUGCCUUAAAAAGUUCCUUUCUAAGUGCAGUGUUUACCAACUGCACAAAUUCUGGAUCACCAACGAGCUCAUGUGCGAGGGAUUUAGGAAUCAAUUUCUCCAUUUCAUAUCUACUACCACUUGUACCUUCUGA